AUGCCUGGAAUCAAGCGUGAAGCUACGAACCAAGCUCCAGCUCCUCUGGAAGCCUAUGAGCAGCUAGCGAAGCGUCAGAAAAUGAACUUUGAGCAGUUGCACACCUAUUUCGUCAAGGGUUUCUUAGAAAUUGCUGAAAAGAUGACCGAUUCUAAGAUAUCGGACUGCCUAAAGCUCCUAGUGCGCAAGAACAGACUGGCAGAAGACGACACCUUCUUCUUCGCGCUCAGCGCGGUCUUCAUGCGGGCCCUCGUAGUCGAGAGUUCGGCUAUUUUUCCAAAGAUUCUUGACUGCAGAACGCCAUGCCAUUACAACGUCGUUCACAGAUUUGCACUCUACUGUGAGCUGUGUCUGACCAAAGUGCACCGCGUUCUUGUAUAG